UACUACAAACUACAAAGUAUGAGCGGGAUGAGUUUCGCGCUCUGUUACUUCCUAUGUUUACAACAGAACAAGAUGGCGGCGCCCACACAACUCAACUGACAGUGCGGAGCGCGGACGGGUUAUAAACCGAGUUUAGCUAUAUGUUUUUCUUGAUAAAUGAUUUGAAAGCAUAUUUAAACAGCAGAUGGUCUAUCGGAUGUCAUUGCAGUAUAUAUCUUACAGUGUAUCGAUUAAAUUGCCUUUUUGCAUCAUUGAUGCUCUCAAAUAUUCAUGAGGACUCGUAUGUUUUACACCUGCUGGUUUCUAGUAAACGAAUCAUCUGAUGGCACUGGAGACAAAAUACCGGAGAAUAUAAAACCAUUAAUCCGCUACACUUUUAGUAGCUAGCGACCAGCGUUGAAAACAGUACUGAAUAUUGUAGCAAGCACAGACAUGCGAUGCGCGAAGGCGCUGCAGCUCACCCUUGCGGUCAUCAAACCAGAUGCUGUGGCUCACCCUCUCAUUUUGGAGGCACUUCAUCAGAAGAUUCUAGAAAACUUCAUUAUUAUCAGAAAGAAAGAUCUGGUGUGGAGAAGAGAAGAUUCAGAAAAGUUUUAUGCUGAACAUGCAGGGCGUUUUUUCUAUCAAAGACUGGUUGAAUUCAUGUCAAGUGGCCCAAUGAGAGCUUACAUCCUGGCUAGGGAAGAUGCUAUCGCCUACUGGAGAGGGAUGAUGGGCCCCACAAAAGUGUUUAGAGCACAUUUCACGUCACCAAACACCCUCCGUGGCCAGUAUGGGCUCACUGAUACCAGAAACACCACCCAUGGUUCAGAUUCCAUUGAGUCAGCCAAGAGAGAGAUUACGUUUUUCUUCCCAGAAUUCGCUGCUGAUGAGUGGAUGGAGAGGGAGGAGCCAGGCUUUAGGCACAUUCUUUUGUGACUGGAGUAAUAUAGAAAAGGAGGGGCCAGACUCUGACAAACAGCCUCAAUAAAUAUUUAAUAAUUCUGAAUUAAACAGCAUUUUUCCAGUCAGUAAAGCAGUGAUGUUUGGUGACAAUAGUAUUGGAAUAACACAACAGAGCUUCCUAUACUUAUAUGCUACUUUGCGGAAACUGUAAUUAGGUUUUGAACAGAUGUUUUCCCUGUUGUCACAAUAAUCAUUUUGGCAUACCACUCCCAAUCAUCUCCCUCUAAGAUGAUCAGACACAGUUGUUUUAAAGUUAAAAAAUAAUGUCAACUUGCUGUACUUAGUGUAAGUUUUUGAAGCACUUGUAUCCCACAAUAAAAAGAAAAACAAAUAACUGUUGCAAGGCAACUGUAGUGUGGGAAUAAGAUUAGUGUAAGGGAUGUACAAAAGAGCCCUGUUUUUAAUACAAUAUCACAAUGUUUAGAAGGCAAAAUAAAAUAAAUCAAGCAUUAAAUCAACUUAAAUCA